AUGUUGGCAAUUUGGACAAGGACGUCCCUCCAGAGAAGGAGGAACUGGCAAGAAAGUUCAAGAAAUACGGAGACAUUGUGGACGUGUGGGUCUCCAGACAGCCAGCAGGAUUUGCUUUUGUCACUUAUGACACCUACAAGGAUGCUUUGA